AUGAUUCAUCUGCUGUUCCUCGUGCUGUUCGCGGAGGGCGCGGUGGCGCUGCUCCUCAUGGUGAAGGUUGGCCCGCUGCGGGAGCUGGCGAUGCGCGGCGUGGACCAGGUGAAGACGGGCAAGGGCCCGGCCACCGUCAAGACGCUGGCGUGCACGCUCUCUGUCAUCCUCAUGUCCAACGUCGCCAGCAUCCUCAAGAUCCAGAAUAGGGGGCUCAAGCUCGGCACCGUCAGCCCCAUGGACCAGGUGCUCUGGAGGACGCACCUCCUCGAGGCAUCCCUCAUCGGAUACACGCUAUUCCUUGCAUUUGUAAUCGACCGGUUGCACCACUACCUCCGAAAGCUGAUGAUACUGAGGAAAACAUCCAGCACAUCCAGAGAGGAAGUUGAGAAACUUCAGAUGGAGAACCGGUCCCUCCGCGAAAAGGAGGAGAAAUCCUCCAGCGAAACAAAGAAGCUUCAGCGAGAGAUUGCGAAGCUGAAUGAGAGCAUGAAGAAGCUGAAAUCUGAGACCGAAGAGCACGAGAGGAAGGCAUCGGUAGCAGAGACCCAUGUCAACGCGCUGCAGAAGCAGUCGGAGGAGCUGCUCCUGGAGUACGACCGGUUGCUGGAAGACAACCAGAUUCUGCAGACUCAGCUACUUAGCAGAGGCUAA